AUGGACAUAGACAAGAACGAAGACAAUGAGGGCACUAGUGAUGAUUCUGCACCACAUACCGAUACCUUCGAUUCUCAAAUUUUCACUCCAUCACAUGCCACUGACAACCUCAAUAAGACCUCUUUCAACUUGAGAAUUCCGGAGCCGGCACAGCAAUAUCCCGAUGUCGAUGGUGUGAAGAAAAUUCUCGAAGAUUGCCUCGAGGACAUGCACUCAAAGCUUGUUGAAACUGGUGACAUGGACACUCCCUUGGGCAAGGCGUUUGCCUGCAUAUUUGAUAAUCCGCCCACCGCGUAUGAAGCAGAUGAGGAAUUCCCGCCAUCUUGUAAUUCCGAUCCAGUCUCGAGAUUUUUUUCUAUCGUCUGUAAGAAGCUCAGUCUCUUUUCAUCGUUACUUACAUCCAAGACCAUUCAAGCUACAGCAGCAUUGAAUCUAGCUCGGGUUUGCUGCGAAUGGGUGCUGCUGGAGACUUUGUGCUACACACGGUUAGGGAUUGUUGUUUGCCGACCUUGGUUGGCAGCGCCAGCCCAAGAGCUCUACGUCGUGUCGCGAGAGGGAGUCGAGAACCUCCAACCGCUCCCAAUCAAUGGCGCCAAGCCAUGGAAGUGUCUCCGGAGGGUCGACGUAGCCCCUCUUGGUUCGUGGACUCUCCGCCGUGGAGAUAUUGUCAAUGUAGAUACCGGACACAGCACCGCCCCCGCCAAGGUAUCUGAUCUUCGAAGGCUUGACGAUGGCCGGUUUGUUGUGGUUUACUGUUGGCUAUAUACAAGAGAGGACAUCCUUGAUGAGCUUAAGGUUGACGGUGCUGUCCCUUCGUCGGCUCUUGCGAAUCUGAAUCAAAUGUGGCCAUCCGGAGUUCGCUACAACUACAUGCUGAGCACUAACCGAACUAUAACAAUCUGGGACACUGCUGUUGAGCGAGUACUACCGGAGGUACCGUUCAAUAUAUGCUACAGUGCAAUCUACAGCACGACCCCCACGUCGCGUCGUAUUUGGAGCAUAGGGAACAAACGGUUUCAGUGGAUGAAGAGAAUUCUUCACCUUGAACCCGAGAAGACGGCGUCAUGA